AUGGCCAGCCGCUUGCAGGCACGCAGCUUUGCCCAUCCGGUCAACUUCCACCUGAUGCGAGACAACGAGCGCAUGGCUCCAUCAUCCGAGAUGCCGAUGUACAAGAAUGAGUUCCUCCUGAAGACUCCUAAAGAGCAUGCAGAGGACAUGGCAAAAGCUGUGAAGCCACCGGUUGUCCACGACACUGCAGAUCUGGUCCCUACGUCAGGCGACCCCCACCAGUUCUACGGCAUGGGAGAGUACAGGUACCACCACUAUGACACAAUCCGCGAGCCAACUUUCCCUCGGAAGCCUGACGUUUCCAAGGGCGAGCUCGCGGCUGGCGCCACUGUCACACGCACGGAUGUGUGGCAUGACCCGAAGGAGCCCGCCAUCGUUUCCGUUGCCAAGUUCUCACCUGAGAAUUAUCGGCCUGUGGGCUUUGCGGAGAAUGCGCCCAUGCCCACCAGCACGGUCCCGGAGGGUGCCCUGGACUUCCGGGCAAACCGCCUCCCCAUCGGCCAUGCGGACCGCCGGCCCUGGGUCUACUUCUGCACAGCGGGUGGUGCGGUCGUUGCCGCCUCUAUCAUCCGCUCCGUGGCUGGAAAGCUGAUCCUGACGAUGUGGCCCGCCAAGGACGUUUUUGCAGCUGGCAUUGUGGAGGUGGAUCUGAGACCUGUCCGAGUGGGGCAGAAUUUCACUGUCAAGUGGCGCGAAAAGCCGGUCUUCAUUCGUAAGCGCACCCCAGAGCAAAUCGCUUCGGCCAAGAAGGAUGAUGUCAUUGCACCUUCCAUGCGUGAGCCGGCCACUGAUGCGGAGCGCUGCAAGAGGCCCGAAUGGCUCAUCUGCAUCGGCGUCUGCACUCACCUGGGCUGCAUUCCCCAGCCGGAUGCUGGCAAUUACGGUGGCUACUUUUGCCCAUGCCAUGGCUCGCACUAUGACUACGCUGGCCGCAUUCGCCAGGGUCCCGCGCCGAAGAACCUGGAGGUUCCUCCGCAUUCUUUCCUCGACGAGAACACCGUGAAGUUGGGUUAG